UUCUGCUGUUGGGAUCCCACCUGUAUGAACACGAGGGGUUUCCUAAUAGAAGGACCUCUGAUUGGUUGAGAGUGGAAUUCAAUCCUCCUUUAAAGCAUCUUUGUAUCCUUCCCAAUGACUUUGACAUUUGCACUCUGAUAUAACAGACAGGUGAAGCUGUUGGAGUUGUAGAACCUCAACACUGACAACUAAAUAUUUACAUAACAAAGGACAUUUUUUUUCCUUUACUGUUUAUUUUUGAUCACAGGAUCACGGAUCUAGCUUGAUCUCUUAUGUUUAAGGAGUGAAAUAUAUAAUAUAUUCAAAGAAGCUUCUGGUUGCAUAUCAACUCAACAUCUUCAAAGGGAGCCGACUUAUAAUCACUGUAGAAUGGGGAACAUGGAUGGUAAAACAGUAGAGGAGUUAAGUGCCACAGAAAUCCACAGAUGGUAUAAGAAGUUCAUGACGGAAUGUCCUUCUGGCCAACUAACACAGCAUGAAUUUAAACAAUUCUUUGGCCUCAAGAACCUGAGUCCUGCAUCCAACCAAUACAUUGAACAAAUGUUUGACACAUUUGACUUUAACAAGGAUGGAUACAUGGACUUCAUGGAGUAUGUGGCAGCCCUGAGUUUAGUACUGAAGGGGAAGGUGGAACAGAAGCUGAGGUGGUACUUUAAACUCUAUGAUGUGGAUGGCAAUGGCUGCAUUGACAGAGGAGAACUGCUAAAUAUUAUUAAGGCAAUUAGGGCCAUAAACAGAUGCAAUGAUGAGAUGACUGCUGAGGAAUUUACCAAUAUGGUUUUUGACAAAAUUGACAUCAAUGGAGAUGGUGAGCUGUCAUUGGAAGAAUUUAUGGAGGGUGUACAGAAGGAUGAACUUCUCCUUGAGGUUCUAACUCGCAGCUUGGACCUCAAACAUAUCAUCCACAUGAUCCAAAAUGAUGGGAAAAGGAUGGACCUUCCAGAACGGCCCAGGCAGGAAAUACUUAAUGGAAACACACAAGCGUGACAGAUUUCAAAUUUUGUCUAUGAUAAUGCAUUAUUCAUAUCUAGCAUUUUGGAUUUUGCCUGUGCUACAUGCUACGAAUGGUGUGUAAAGCAUUAACCACUGCAGGAUAUGUUUGACUACCACCAAAUUGACAUGGUCUCUUUACCUUUAUCAAAGGUUGACAUUUCAAAGUUUGGUUAUCGUCACCUUCAUUAUUUGGCCCAUACAAAGGGUUAACACUGCAUGAGUUGCCACUGUCUAUUUACCUUGUCUUUCUAGAGCUGGACCAUCCUUGUGUUGCCAGAGGAAAAUAUUGAAAACCAGAAGAACUUUUAUACCAAUAAUGAUUUGCUUUUUCCAUAAAUUGAGUGCGGAUCCUUUGGCAAGAAAGACAUACAAAUCGAAUUUCUAGGGUGCUGGACUGUUAAGCCAAAACGUGGGGUUGAACCAUCGGUUGAUAAGCUUGCCAUUUACAAUUUACAGCUUUUAGCUGGUAAUGUU